AUGUCAAUCCUCGGGAUAGAAGAUUUAAAGGAUAUCAAAAUAUUAAGGCAAAUCUUUGCCGAAUUUCUCGGUACGUUUUUAUACUUAUCUAUAUCACUGUUAGCUGGGACCUCUCUCGGGGCGGGGGCCGUCGCUACCGCGCUUGCUAAUGGACUAUUAGUAGCAUCAGUUAUUCAAAUAAUUGGACAAGUCUCUGGAGGGCACAUUAACCCAGCUGUUACGAUUGGUGUUUUAACAUGUGGAUGCAUGAAGAUUAUGAAGGCAAUUCUCUAUAUAACAGCACAAAUUCUUGGAAGUAUUCUUGGAUCUCUUGUAGCUUAUGCUAUAGUUGACAGUUCUUCAAGAAACGCCCUCGGUGCAACCAUACCUUAUAGCGAGUUGAGAGCUUAUCAGAUUCUGAUUUUGGAAUUUAUUACGACUUUUAUUUUGGUUGCUGUUGUUUUAAGUGUUGUAGAUCGAAAAGGUCUUAGAAACAUAGCACCCAUAGCUAUUGGAUUGAGUAUAACUGGUUGUCAAUGUUCUGCGGUAUUGUAUAGUGGGUCUUUAAAUCCAGUUAGAUCUCUGGGACCAGCAGUGGCAGUAAACAUCUGGACUCAUCAUUGGGUUUACUGGGUCGGACCUCUUCUUGGGGGUUUCCUUGCAGGUUUAACGCAUAAAUAUAUAUUCAAUACUAAUGCAUCUACCGUCAAUAUUAUUGAAAAUGAA